UUUUGUAAUAAAAAAAAAAUAUAUAUCUUUUGGCGUGUGUUUGUGUUAAAAAACAUCAUAGAUUAAUUGUCAUUGACGAAACAGUAAAAAUUCAUUGUCAUCGUUAUUAUUUUUCUGUUUCUGUUCUGUUCUGUGGUCUAAUCUAUUCGGUUUUAACUCCUUGCUCUCUCUGUGUGUGUGCUUAUCGCUAAAUAAAAAAGAUUACCAUUCUUAUCAUCGAAAGUUUUUCUUUCUUUGGUGGCCAAAUUUUAUAACCAGAAAAUCGUUGCCAUCAUCAUUAUUCAGCCAGAAAAACUAACGGUUUCGAACCAGAAAGUCUUUUUUUUCAACGAAAAAAACAUUGAAAAUAAUAAUAACAUGGCUUUACCACCACCAAAUGAAGAAAUAUUGAAAAAAAUUGAACGACUACGACAAAGAUUUGAAAAAGAAUUAGAACAGAAUAAAAAUGAUUAUCAUCCAGUGGAUAUUGAACGUGUACGUACUGAACAAUGGCAAGUAGAACGUUUUGCAGCUGAUGAUAUUUACACAAUGGAUGAUGAUGAUGGUCCAUUUCAAGCAUUAUUGAAUGCAUUAAAAUGGAAAAAACAAUUCAAUGUACAUGAUCGUACGGAAAAAUCAUUUCCGAAAGAAUUUUUUGAAUUAAACGAAGUAGAAAUUCAUGGUCGUGAUAUGGAUGGACAUUUGAUUCAAUGGGAAGCAACACGUAAUCAACGAAAAUUUAAAGAAUUAGAAACUGUUGUUCGUGAAUUUAUUGCAUUCUGUUUGGAACGUUUAGAUCGUUCAGCUGGACGUGAUGGUUUUAUCUAUGUAACCGAUAAUGGUGGUGCCGGUUUAGCUAAUGUUGAUAUGGAUAUUAAUCGUUUUAAAAUUGCCGCUAUUGAACAUUAUCCAAUGGGUUUACGUAAAAUGUAUGUUGUUGAUUUACCAUGGUUGCUUAAUGGUAUUAUGUCAAUGAUAUUAGCAUUCAUGAGUCCAAGAUUACGUGCAUUAGUACAUUAUUGUAAAAAAACUGAAUUACCGAAAUUUAUUGAUAUAAAAGAUAUACCAGAACGAUUGAAUGGUAAACGUGAUAAACGUUCAUAUCCAUCAGAUUCACCACCAAUGGAACAAAUGACCGAAUUAGGUUUGGAUGAAAAAUUUUUGGAUUCAUUUUAUAAACUGUAUAAAUUGGAACGUCAUCCAAUUAUUAAAUGAAUUGAAAUCGAAAUGGAUUUGGUGGAUUUCAUUCGAUUGAAUAACGGUAAUCAUUUGGACGAAAAACGAAAAACAAAAACU